AAAUUUGUUGGAAACUGCUUGUAUCGAUUUUUCGUAAUGCUAUGAAAUAUAAUUAUUUUCGAACGUAUUUACGACCUGGGAAGCAUAAUUAUUUGGCGAUUAGCUGCAAAAGAAUAACAAAAUGUGGGAAUGUUCAAGAGAAAGAAUAAAUUGAAAAUUAAAUGGAACGUGACACAUAGACGCUGAUAGACCUCAUAGCCGCGUGGUGUGCCGGUGUUUAUACCGAAGGCUGUGAAACUGCUCAAAAUUCCUUUGUGGCGAUUUCCUGUGUAUAUUAAAGGAAAGACUGAGUGUCAGUUGCUGUAAGGUGGUACAAUGGUGACCCGUCUUACAUUUCUUCUGUUAUUAACCGAAACUGCAAUCAUUGGAUAUGGACAGGACACAAAUCCAGAGAAAAGAGAACCGAAAGAUGCAGUUCAUGCGGCCAAACUUCCUCCAUGCCAAGCCUGUAAAGUCUUUGUGGAUUCCUUCAAGAAGGGGAUGGAGAGAACAGCACGUGGGAAAUUUGAAGGUGGUGAUGCAGCAUGGGAGGAAGAACGUCUUGGUAGCUACUCUCGCAGUGAAGUUCGUCUUGUAGAGAUUCAAGAGAAGCUGUGUACCGAUGUGGAAAGGGGAAAGGAUCAAUGCCAUGCAUUGUCUGAACAGCUGGAGCAACAUAUUGAUGAGUGGUGGUUUCAGAAACAAGAUGAAGAUCUCUUCAAGUAUCUGUGCAUUGACACAUUGAAGCGAUGUUGCCCGGACAAUCACUAUGGUGCCAACUGCAACCCUUGUCCUGGUUUCCCAAACAAUGUGUGCAACAAAAGUGGCAAAUGUAAGGGAGCAGGUACAAGAAAGGGAAAUGGUAAAUGCAGUUGCGACCCAGGAUAUGAAGGAGAUUUCUGCAAUUCUUGUGCUGCCACCUACUAUGAAUCAUAUCGAGAUGAGGAGAAACUGCUCUGCUCUCCUUGUCAUACAUCUUGCCAAGGACCCUGCACUCAGCCUGGCCCCAAAGGUUGUGCAGCGUGCAGUCCUGGCUGGUUCAUGGAUACAGAGAAGGGAUGUCUAGAUGUAAACGAGUGCUUGCUAAAUCCAAGCCCCUGCAAGAGAAAUGAAUUCUGUGUCAACAAUGAUGGUUCCUACACUUGUUUAGUGUGUGACAGGGCCUGUGAGAGCUGUCAGAGUGAUGGUCCAGACAUGUGCGACAAAUGUGCUGAGGGUUAUACACUAAAGGAUAACGUGUGUGUGGAUGUGCAUGAACAUGGUCGCAAGUCCCACGUGAACAUGACACGUUAUCUCACAUAUGCAGGCUUAUGCAUUGCCACCUGCAUAAUUUUGCAGAAAAAUACUUUAGCAGCAAGCCUUGUAGGUUUGUCUGUAGCCCUGUACAUUUCAUUAUCUGAAUAUUUUCUUAGCUCUUCAGAAAAUAAUUCUGACUUACAAUCUGCAUUUGAUAUAGGCAAACUGCUUAGUACAUAAUAGAGAUAUAUAGGUGAUAAUUUAUAAAACAAAAAUUUUACUUUUUAAUGUAUUUCUGUGUAUAUAAAGUAUAAGUUAUGUCUGAGCAAAUGAAGCUAUUUUUAAAUUUCA